AUGGCGACGCUGUCUCCCGUCCUGAGUAUCCUGCUAGUCAGUCUGGUUUCAUAUCUCGUCAAAGUGCUGCUCCUCUCCAAGAGGAGAGGCCCGCCGCUGCCUCCCGGUCCCAAACCAAAGCCACUCGUGGGCAACAUCUCCGAUCUCCCUCAGAAAGGGAAACCAGAAUGGCUACAUUGGCUCCGCCAUAAGGACCUCUACGGUCCCAUCAGUUCGGUGACCGUCUUAGGACAGACCCUCAUCAUCCUCAAUGACUCGAACCUGGCAUUCGAACUCAUGGAGAAGCGUUCGUCGAAACACUCCUCCCGACCCCGGCUGGUCUUUUCGGGUGAAAUGGAAGCCGGGGCGAUCAUGUUGAAACUUGCCUAUAACUAUACAGUUGAACCACACAAGAACGAUCCUCUGAUCGAUCUGGCGGAUACGGCGCUCGAUUUGUUUUCACGUUCGGCCGCAACAGGAGCUUACCUCGUGGACGUGAUCCCUGCCUUGAAACACAUCCCGGAGUGGUUUCCCGGAGCCGGGUUCAAGCGCAAGGCCAAGGAGUGGAGAAAGGUCUUCAUCGAUCUUGCCGAAAGACCCUAUGCGUUUGUCAAACAGCAGAUGAAGCAGGGCAUCAAUGAGCCGUCCUAUGUCUCCCAGUUACUGGAACAGGGAAAUCUCGACGAGGAAGAGGAGUUUGUGAUCAAAUGGUCGUCGGCCUCGCUAUAUGGCGGUGCUGCUGAUACGACUGUGUCGUCGCUGUCAUGCUUCUUCUUAGCCAUGAUGUUGCACCCAGAGGUUCAGCGGAAGGCCCAGGAGGAGAUUGAUCGGGUCGUUGGCACCGAGCGGCUCCCAGGCGUUGCUGAUCGGGAGAAGCUUCCGUACAUCGAUGCGAUUGUGAAGGAGGUUCUGCGCUGGAACCCCGUGGCCCCUAUGGGUCUUCCUCAUAUGACUACGGAGGACGAUGUCUGUGAGGGGUAUCUGAUUCCAAAAGGCGCAUUGCUGUUGCCGAACAUCUGGGGCUUCCUCCACGACCCCAAAUCAUACCACGACCCGAUGACCUUCAAACCCGAACGCUUUUUAGAACAGGACGGGCACCCGCCCGAGCCAGACCCUCACAGCCUGGCCUUUGGCUUCGGCCGUCGCAUCUGCCCAGGACGAUUGCUGGCCGACACGUCGCUGUACCUGAGCAUCGCGCUCUCCCUGGCCGUCUUCAACAUCGGCAAGCCGCUCGACGAGAAUGGCAAGGAGGUGGAGCCCGUGGUGGAAAUGCAACCUGGCGUCAUCAGCCAUCCGGCGCCGUUCCAGACGAGGAUCACGCCGCGCAGUCCCCAGCACGAGAAGCUCGUUCGCGCCGUCGAAGUCGAACAUCCCUGGAAGAAGAGUGAUGCCGAGGUGCUGCAGAAUAUUACCUAUUAA